AUGAACAAGAAGGCGGCGGCAGCGCGCGGCGCGGACCGCAUCAGCGAUCUCCCCGACGCGCUGCUCCAGCACGUGCUCUCCCUGCUGCCGGCGGACCAGGCCGUGCAGACGUCCGUGCUCGCGCGCCGGUGGCGGCACCUCUGGAAGGUCAUGCCCGCCCUGCGCCUCGUCGGCCCCAAGACGCGGUUCGCGACCGCCCAGGACUUCGACAGGUUCGUGAACCGUCUCAUCGCCGUCCGCGGCCAUUUGCCCCUCGUCAGCUGCGAGGUCGAGGCGUACCUGACCUGGGAUGAUUACGCUGGUGAGCCUGAGGAGCCGGAGCCGAACCUGUACUUCGACUCGUGGAUCCAGUACACGCUGGCGUGCAAGGUUCAGGUUCUCAAAGUCGUCGGCGACGCUGUUGGCUGCGAAUCAGAGCUCAUCGUGCCUCUUAUCUCUCAGCACCUGGUGAACCUGGAUGUCCACCAUGUUUGUAUGGAAAAAGAUUCUGUGGAUUUCUCAAGCUGUCCAGUGUUAGAGGAGUUAAAGAUGAAGGAGUGCGGCCUUUGGGUGCGCAGCAUGUCGUUUCCAUCUCUGAAGCGUCUGUUCCUUACUGAAUGCAACUUCCCUGUGGAUCGCCGCGUCAGUAUUUUGGCACCUGGUAUUGUUUCACUGCGCCUUCUUCAGUGUGGAGGCAAGACUCCUUUGCUUGAGAGCAUGCCGUUGCUAGAAACCGCUUCCAUUGAUCUUUCCCGCUAUGAGUGCAAGGAUAAGUGUGGGGGUUGUACUGAUGAAAGCUGUGAAGGUUGUCAUGGUUAUCCUGUUGGGAGUUAUCGGAGCGUACUUCUGAAUGUUCUCUCCAAUGCUAUAAAUUUGGAGUUAAAGGAUCAACCUGAAGUGUAUAUGUACAAAAGGGAUUUGGAAUGUUGCCCCAUAUUUGGAAGAUUGAAGACUCUUUUACUCGACAUGUGGUGCAGGCAUGUUGACAUGCAUGCACUGGUUCGCUUUCUCCAGCACACACCAAUUCUUGAAAAGCUUACACUUCAGCUUCGUAGUGACAAGAAUCUCUUAUGUGCAGGCCGAGGCGAAAGAAAACAUGUUCGAAUAGGGCAAUCAUUUUCAUGUGCACAUCUUAAGGAAGUCAGCAUAGAAUGUGAAGAGAAACUAAGGGUCCAGGAUAAGGUCAGGCAAAUUGUGAAGAUCUUAAAUAGAAGUGGCAUACUUAAAGAGCAAAUCACUUUUAAGAAGCUCCCAAGGCCAGAAGUCUAUCGUCUCGUGGCUGUGUCACCUAGGGCCUUUGAUGACAACUGGUCAGGUGGCGAAUAA